GAAAAAAAGGGCAUUCACAAACCCAAUACAACAGGCAAAAUACACACAUUCGCUCGCUCUCUCCAGUCGUCUAUGUAUUCUGUAGCAAGAAUGAAGUCGGACCGCAAGCCGCCGCUCACUAAAUCGCCGAUCAGGCUUCGACCCCGUCCAGAUCUUCGCUCAAACUCAGCCUCUCUGCAAACCCCAUCAGGAAAUGGAUCUUCGACCCGAGUACCGCUCAAUCUCGUGCGAGUUGCGGGCUUUAAAGAAGAUGGUACGCAACGAGUUUGGCAACGGAGAUUCAGACAGUGAUGGGAUUGCUAAUUCUUUCGGUGCCAAUUCGAGUCCUCUGUUUGAGAGGGGUCGGUUUUACGAGGAGUACUCCGCUAGAAGGAACGAGAGGCUGAGGAGCAAGAAGAACGAGACAGGGCAUGAAAGGAAGACCGCGCACGGUCUCGGUGUCAUGGGGGAGUCUCCGAAAAAAAGCAGCAGUACGAAGAACCUUGAGAGUUUGAGGAAAUCGGUCUCGUCGGCUUACUCUGUGGAGCAGAGCGAGGCCCCGACUUCGAGGUAUAUGCUAAGAAGUAUGACGAAGGAGAACAAGAAGCCACCUCUGGCUGUCAAAUCUAGGAAAUCUUCGGUGCUUGGUGCAGAGCCAAAAAUCGGGACUCGAAGCGUUCGGAGAGGCUGAGUUUCAAAACUCAGUGAAUUCUACAGUUUUAUUAUUUUUAUUUACUUUUUUUUUUUGGCCUUUUGGUACUCAAGGAAAUUGGUAAUUUAAAUAGGAAUUUGAACAUGGUUGCCUUGUUCAUGGAUUUUUUAGUGGUUAAUGGUUAUCCCCCGAAUGAUUGAAGUUUCAACUUGGCAAAGAAACCUAUUCUAAAUAAGCAUUGUAUUUGAUAAAAUAUAAAAAAUUCUAUCCCGGUAGGCAAAGCAACAUGGCAAUUCUUUGUCAUGACAAUACUUUGUUUAGGGAUAGCAAUAUGUGACAUGACCUGUAAA